AUGCUCUUCUCUAGCUAUCAAUUUAUCUAUCUAUCUAUCUAUCUAUCUAUCUAUCUAUCUAUCAAUUUAUCUAUUUAUUUGUCUAUCUAUCAAUUUAUCUAUCUAUUUAUCCAUCAAUCAAUCUAUCUAUCACUUUAUCUAUCUAUCAAUUUAUCUAUCUAUCUAUCAAUCAAUCUAUCUAUCUAUCUAACAAUUUAUCUCUCUAUCAGUCAAUCUAUCUAUCUAUCUAUCUAUCUAUCUCACAGACGUCAUGAAAAAAAAUUACUCACCCAUUCUCUCUCUCUCUCUCUCUCUCUCUCUCUCUCUGUGGGUGUGUGUGUGUGUUUUAGUCUUUCAUCUCUGUUUUUCUCUCUCUGGCAUCACUCUUUCACUUCUCACCUUAUCUAUCUAUCUAUCUAUCUAUCUAUCUAUGUCAUUCUGUUAAUUUUCUUUCUAUCUAUCUAUCAUCUAUUUCAUUAUGCUUACUACCUAUAUAACUAUCUCUCUCAUUAUGCUCAUGAUCUAUCUAUCUAUGUCAUGUUCAUUUUUAUCUAUCUAUCUAUCUAUCUAUCUAUCUAUCUAUCUAUCUAUGUGUUCAUUAUCUAUCUAUCUAUCUAUCUAUCUCAUUAUGCUCAUGAUCUAUCUAUCUAUCUAUGUAAUGUUCAUUUUCUAUCUAUCUAUCUAUCUAUGUGUUCAUUAUCUAUCUAUCUAUCUAUCUAUCUAUCUAUCUAUCUCAUUAUGCUCAUGGAUCUCCAUUCAUCUAUCUAUGUAAUGUUCAUUUUCAUCUAUCUAUCUAUCUAUCUAUCUAUCUAUCUAUCAUCUAUCUAUGUGUUCAUUAUCUAUCUAUCUAUCUAUCUAUCUAUCUAUCUAUCUAUCUCACACUAUUCUAUCUAUCUAUCUAUCUAUCUAUCUAUCUAUCUAUCUCAUUAUGCUCAUGAUCUACCUAUCUAUCUAUCUAUCUAUCUAUCUAUGCUUAUUAAUCUUGUUCUUUCUUUCUUUCUUUCUUAUGCAGUUCCUGUCUCAUUCGUUUUUUUUUUAUUUCUAUCUAAUUCAGACUUCUUUCUUUCUUUCUUAUUCAAUUCCUUCCCUAACUCAUUCUUUUUUUUAUUUGUAUUUCAAACUUCUUUAUUUCUUAGUCAAUUCCUGUCUCAUUCUUUUUUAUUUCUAUUUCAGUCUUCUUUCUUUCUUUCUUUCUUUCUAACUUAUUCAGUUCCUGUCUCAUUCUUUUUAUUUGUAUUUAAAACUUCUUUCUUUCUUUCUUAUUCAAUUCCUACUUCUUUCUUUCUUUCUUAUUCAAUUUCUGUCUCAUUCUUUUUAUUUCUAUUUCAGUCUUCUUUCUUUUCUUUCUUUCUUCUUUCUUUUUUAUUCAAUUUAAAAACUCCUGUCUCAUUCUUUUUUUUUUUAUUUCAAUUUAAAACUUUUCUUUCUUAUUCAAUUCUUUCUUUCUUUUUUAUUUCUUUAAAACUUCUUUCUUUCUUAUUCAAUUCCUGA